AUGCUACUUGACAAGGUUAUAAACCCACGGGUAAGCAACCCACACGGGUACCCGUGGACCUUUUACACCCUAGAAAGGAGUGUGCGUAAUAAGCGCAACCCGACCGAGGACAGGAAACCGCCGUCUCGCGCCUUUUGUAGCAAGAAUUCGCCAUCGUCAGGGCUAACAACGUUGGGAGAACAUCUUUGCGCUCGGUGCAAAGCGUUGUCGGAGGUGUUGGGGUUGAGUGGCACAAUAGCACAGAAGCCACGAGCUGGUCUCGCAGCACUUGAUCACCUUCAAGUAUACGGCCUUGUGAAACUUCAGCAUAGAAUCUUUGACUUCAACUACAAUAUUCAUUGGAAAAUCAUUGCGUUACUGUCGGCUUCACUUGCUCCGUGCGACCUCCUCGGGGGCCGCGAGCAUUUCCCAUCGUGGGAGACCAGUCUGAGAUUUACCCAGAUCCGCUUGGAAACUACCCUCUUUACGCGCCAUGGCCCUGUCACCAAAACCACCAACAUAGGGGUGACCAUCUACAUCACCAACGAUGCUGAGAUCUCCCGCUACGUACUGGGAGAGGGAGAAUCGUUCACCAGGGGUCCAGGACCACCUCGGAUCCUUCUCACCCACUAUACUACAGGAAUGAGCAGACGGCACUAUUUACAUGCGACAGCGCCACGCGGGCAUUUCCCCCAGCUCACAAUGUCCCCGAGGGCAGUCACACACUACGCGCCUCUGGUACAAGAUGCGACCCGUCCAGUAUUCAAGGUUCUCGACCAACUAUCGGAUCAAAAGCUCGAAGCACUUUACCUCGCUAUCGACACCACCGGGAGUCGCAAUCCGUCUUUUACCUCGGCUCAUGAAGAAGACUUCGCUGCGUCCGAGAUGACGAUCGCCGACGAGAUGGACGUGUUCAUGCCAGGGACUGGCCUCCUGUCUCUAGAGGAUCCCACGACACCAAUACAAGCUGCCUGUGUCGAGGACUUCUUGUCUUGGGCCCGCGGUCAAAAGGUGAAGUUGCCGGAAGAUAUUCUGCUCGGCAAUGUGGUCGUCCUUGUCGCUGCCGGCUUCACGACUACGUCGUCUCUCCUUUAA